AUGGCGUGCAGCAGAGCGGUAGGGGUUGCCUUGUUGGCUUUGUUUCUUGUGGACUUCGCCUUUGCCGCCCGAUCGCUAAGAGGAGCUUUCGGUGAAGGAGGAGGCGGGGGAGGUGGUGGUGGGAGUGGCGGCGGAGGAGGAGGACUAUUUCCGGGUUCGGGUUAUGGCUCUGGUUUUGGGUCGGGUGGAGGCGAAGGAUACGGUGAGGGAGAAGGCGAUGGAGUGUUCGGUAGAGGCGGCUGUGGAAGAAGUGGUGGUGGAGGUGGGACUGGGACUGGGUUUGGUUCCGGAUUUGGAUCGGGGAGUGGCUCAGGGUUUGGAAGAGGAAGCGGAGGCGGAGGUGGCGGGGGUAGAGGAGGAGGGGGAGGCGGAGGCUCCGGAGGUGGAAAUGGAUCAGGCUACGGCUCGGGAUACGGUAGCGGAAGCGAAUUUGGAAGUGGGAGCGGUAAAGGAGGUGGAGGCGGAGGCGGAGGCGGAGGAGGAGGAGGCGGGGGCGGAGGCGGAGGUUCCACUGGGAGUGGCUCCGGGUUUGGUUCAGGAUACGGGUCAGGCUAUGGCUCCGGACGUGGAGGAUGGAAAGAGAUUUCGCCGUGA